CCUAUUUUUCUUUUUCAUUGAUUUUCCAUUGAUUUUUCACAUCCCAACAUGUUCAAGUCGCUGAUCAACAAGUUGACGACGCGCUCGCCGCCCGUGCAGCUGAGCGUUGAGCUUGAUCAGACGACUGUUUAUGCAGGCGACAUGUUGCGCGGCCGCGUUCUGCUGUCCUGCGAUCAGGAGGUGCACUGUAAAGGUCUGAUUGAGGUCAAGAUUACCGGCUUGCUGUCCGUCCACCUCGAGCCGCUCGACGGCAGCGAGCACGCGUUCGGAGUCCCACUGCACAAGCGCGCUAUCGGCUGCAGGCCAACGCGAGAGGUGCUCAAGGCGACCGUGGUCGUCCGCACCUCCGACGCACAGCAGCAGCAGCAGCAGCAGCAGCAACAACCGCAGGCAGCAGCAGCAUGCACCAUUGCGGCGGGAGCCUACACGUUUCCGUUCGAGUACCGGCUCGAUCGAUACUUGCCGGCGACGAUGGCAAUGAGCUUCAAGCACGGCGAUUUCACAGUCCAAACAUUCUACUUUGUCAAGGCCAAGCUGGUCGACUACAAGGGCAACACGCCCAAAUUGAUGGUACCGGUGAGGAUUGUCCCAAAGGCCCCGAACGUCGUCAUGCCAAUUGUCGCAACCCAGACAUCGGCCUUGAUUGGCCUUGCCAAGCGCCAGCCAUUCUAUCAAACGGCGACUGUCGACAAAUCGACCGUCUUCCCUGGAGAAGCCGUCACCGUCAAGUUGGAAGCCAACAGCCUGUCCACAAACGAGGUGGCCGUCUCCAUGAGCUUGCGCUGCUACGGUUCGUCGCCCGUCUUCCACAUGGGCACGAACGGGAAAAAGUACAAGGAGCUGAUUUCGCAAAAGUUUAACAAUAUCGCGCCUCUCUUCUAUGGCGUGCGCUACUUGUCCCUGACCGUGCCCCUCGACGCUCCAUUCUCGGCCGUGUCGGCUUCCAUAACAAUGAGCUACAAACUCAUCCUAAAGUUUGAAAGCCUCGCCUUCCACAAAUUCAAGCUCGAAAUCCCAAUCAUCGUCGUCCCAAACCAGCCGCUCAAUUGUGCCGUGCCAAUCCGCGCCGUUGGAACGCCGCUUCCACCGGAUGUCCUGCUCCGCCCUGCCUUCCAUUCCCGCUCCAUGCCCGCCAGUUGCGGGAAAUGCUCGGCAAGCUUUGGGCUGUUGACACAUCGGCAUUCGUGCCGCUACUGCAUGCAGGUCUACUGCGACAAGUGUGUGUCGCAUCGCGCUUCGAUUCCUGCUCGCGGCUUUGAGGCACCCGUGCGUCUAUGUUCGGACUGCACGCGUCAUGGCGGCAGUGGCGAACGCUACGAACAAGCCAUUGCGCGACCUGCUUGGAUUGGCGAGUCGUCGGUGGCGGCAUUCGUGCCUGCCCAUCCCCAGGCCCCAAGUCGUGGUUUGGUCACGCAGCAGUUGCCUUCGCAAUACUUUGGACAGCCAUUCCCCCAACUUGGCAAUCUGCACAUGUAUCCAGCGGCGCAGGACCAGGGAUACUCUGUUCAGCCGCCUCAACAGCUGGGAUUUUCGGCCGAACAAGCCUAUCCUGCACCGCAGCCCAUUCCUUCUGCACCACCCCAAACGGCGUAUGCAUCCAUUGGCGCGCCUUCUGGGUUUGGAUAUUCGCAACAGCCUUACUAUCACUACAGCCAAUCGCAGGAGCCUCGUGGUUCUGCCGAAGAAGACAGAGCCAACCAGACGCCAUUUAUGAGCGCGCAGCACUGGCAGCUCGCGCUGGUUGAGCCUCCGCCGUCGUACGAUCAAGUCCAGUCCGAGCUCGUCAAAGCAUGAGCAACAACAGCUACAACAACAACAAUAACAACAAAAAUUGCCGAAGAAUGAAGUCGGCAAUGUGUUUGUACAGUAGUUUUCACCAGCUUGCGCGAGCAAUUUGGAACUGUCGGAUCGGCUGCGCGAGUUUGCGCUUUUGUCCUUGAUGGUUGUGUGUUUGUCAAUCAAUGACAGUAGUAACCUUUGAAUGUACCAUAAAUGGAUGAGGUUGUGAAUCAUUCUUGAAUACACAAUUUCACCUGGAAAAAAAAAUAAAUAGAGUG